UACUUCAUUCAAACCACUCGCUCAAUCACUGUGUAGCUCAUUUUAGUUCCAUCUCCAACAUGAAGUGGAUUACAUCAACACUGCUCCUAGCAAUAGCCUAUCUAAAGUUUGGACUAUCAUCACCAAUCACUCACUGUGUCGUUACGGGUAAGGUGAUGAGAUGUCCCAAGGGUGGGGGCACCACCUACACUCACCUAAAGGGUGAAAUAUACCACGUCAAUAUGAUACACCUUAAAGGACGCAGGGAUCGGCUAGAAAUAAAUAGGAGUUUGUUUCCCAGGCUGAAAGAAAUUCGAGGAAAGGGAGUCAGGUGCCCCGACAUAACUAGAUCUGGUGUCCCCGAAGUGAUGUUGCUAAAUGCAAGACCUUGCAUGAAUGUAGAGUCUUUGCUAGUCAUCUUGGUUUCACUGGCGUUGUCGAUAGUGCUCAUGAUAGCGUUGGGUUUUGCAAUUCGUUUCAGGAAGGCAAUACUACGAUGCUGUCAUCGAAUGUGCUAUAGCCAUCGCCAGUAUGAAACCUCGUCUGAGUGCGCCCCCAUCCCCCCCCCUCUCUUCCCACUCCUUCAAAACAUUCAUUGUCCGCCACGAAUCCCAUGGCUUAUGAACUUGCGACCUGUGCCCCCCCUCCUCUCAGUACCUCUCUCCCAUGACCCGGCACAACCCCGAACUCUUCCCGUCGUUCCUCGAUCUCUAUCCUUUCCCUCCCCUGUUCGUCUCGCCUCACAUUCCUCCCCACCCCCCCCACUCCUAGCAAACCUCCAGUUCCUAUCCCGAGGUCUGAUGCACAUGCUGCUGUAGAUCCCCGUCUAUCUCCACCCCCUACCUUACCCUCGACACUUGCUAAUCUCCCCCUGCCCGCCCCCUUUCACUGACUCCUCACUCUCUGUCACUGAUUCUUCAACACUGUCCUCGUGAUCUCAACUCCGCAUUCCAGCCUUCCCAUCAAUGCUUGAUGCAAUCCUCCCCACAACCACUUCUUCCUCUCCCACGGUGCCCACCACUUCUACUGUCACCACCACCUCGACAUCUGCAUCUCACCCUUAGCCCGCUCCUGUUGACUGCUGGAAAAGACUCGAUCGAUCUACAUUAAGGCUUUUGCUCAACACUCCUCCUGACGAUGAUGAUGUUGAUGUCCCCCCUACACUGAUGACCUGCCUCGACUACUACGACAGUCUCAUCGGGGAAGGAGGCCACCAAACAGAUUAAGUUUUUAACUGCAUUUCAUUGACUGUUGUGGAUAUACGAUUUUUAGUAUCGUGCGAUUCGAAGUUGUUUUUGUUUCUUUUUUUUCCAUGGAAAUGUGUGUCUCAAGAGAGAGUAAUAGAUUCGUGUUUGUGUUCUUGAGAAAUGAAUUCUCAAACCUUUCCGAUAAAACUGAUGUUAUUACAGAAACCUUGGCUACUGGAUUUGUUUUAAAGGAAAUAUGAUAGUUUAUAAGAAGCGUAUGUAGUGUGAGAUGGGCCCUAAUGUUGUUCUCGACUGUGUGACAGAGGGACUGAGAAACUGGAAAAGUAGUUCUUGUUACAUUUCCGGUUGACCAACGAGCACGCUAGUGGGGCGCAUUUCCUGAGAGGUCAGUUAAACAGAUUGUUUGGGUUUUUUUCUCUUGUAUUGUUUAUCUCUUGUUUCUAUGCUUUGAGGUGUUUGCAUAUUGGUGACCAACACAUGAUUAAGGUGACUUUCACCAAAUGUAGUACGAACAUUGGUCUUUUCACAGGUGAAAAUGGAAACGGUUCACAAAAAAUAAAUUAGCUGCAAUGAUCAACAGUUUAAGAUAGUAUUAUCUCAUAAUUCAAUAGACUGAGAUCUUACCUUAAUAUUGAAGUUAUUUAAUAAAGUAGAUCAUGAUAAUUUCAUGAUAAGUUGCAGCUGUUAUAUUUUUUUGUGAACUGAAGGUCUUUAGGUACAUGAGAUAUUAUCAACCAUAUCAAGCUAUUGUAUGACCAUAGUAAAAAAAAAACAUGACAAAAUACAAAUGAUUAAUUGUUUAUUGAGAAAUCUACACAAAAGAUUGGUCUCAGUGUACAGAAAAGGUUUCUUAACAUUAGACAAUUAACAUGAUUACAUUGGGAUAUCUGGUUGCACCGGAAUGUGUUGAUUACACCGGAAUUUGUUGAUUACAUUACAGUUUCUGAUUUCAAUGGCGAUUACACUGGAACACUGUCUGAAUAAAAUAUUGCACUACGUC